UUCCAGGCAAGGCUGGCAGACGUUCCACACAGGAGGCUCUGACAUUAAGCCAGGGAGCCCCCACAGCCGCCUGCCACCUCUGCUUCUACACCCACCACCAACAGGGUGAAGGAAGGACCAGUGGGUGUACAGAGACAGCAGGAACAGUUAGUGUUGCCAAAGGGACAUGAACGUGUCGAGUGCGUUAAGAGUGUUUGGGAAGUCAAGAGAAUGGGACAGGAAGAAAUCAACCUUUGAUUCAGACGAAGAUAUUUCACCUGUACUUAAAAAAGAGAGUUUUCCAAAGAAACAGUCAAGCCCGUCAGAACACAGUGCAGAUUAUAACGAGCCCCAGGACUUCCAACCAGGGAUCACAUUUCCCUGUUCCUUGUGCAAGGAGGAGAUAGAAAUCACCGGUGCUUUUUUCCACAAGAAGGAACACAUUGCACAGGCUACCUUGGGGCUCCGAUGGCUGGACAGGACGAAGCAACCCUCCACUAAGACUGUCGUUCAGAGACAGGUUUUAAUUGCUAACCUGUUAUCCUCUUUUAUGUUCAAUGAAAAAGUCCUACAGAGCAUUAAUAAUGCUUUCGAGCUACUUUGGAAGAAACAAAUGCCAGCAGCCAGCAAGGUUUCUGAUAGCAUAAGUAGGAGCUACGCAUACUCUCAAAAAACCCAUCAUUUGUUAAUUAAAGGAGUAGCCACUUGUGAAUUCAGGAACCCUACAAAGAAGGCUGACACGAAUAGUAAAUUCACAAUAAUAAAUAAUUUUGGCAGCAAGCCCAAUGUGUGUUUUUUCGGUUUGUUUGAUGGACAUCGAGGUUUCCCAGCAGCGGACUUGGUGUCUACAGAACUCCCAGUUUUGCUUCUCCACCAACUAUCUAAGUUUGAUCCGUCUUACCAAAUGACCCCAGAACAGCAGCAAGUAAUUGAUUCCUUUCAUAGCAUCUUUAGAGAGGACUAUACAGCAACAGAAGCCCUCUUCUCUUCUCCAAAGACAACCACAAGCGCAAACAGUUGUAAUUACGAGCAUAUACAGAAGGCCUUUGCAAAAGCGUUUUGGAGGAUGGAUAGACUCUUACGUCUUGGAAGGAAAGAAACCUCCAGGGUUCUGUGGAGUGGCUGCUCUGUACUUACUUGUAUGCUGGAAGGCAAAAUUAAAUAUCCUUAUGUCAAUAUGAAUUGGAGAAAAAUCAACAGCGAUAAACUGGCAGAGAACUUCCCCUCCCAGAUGGUGCCACAAGUAAUUGCUGGAAUAUUGCAUAUUGCAAACACUGGAAAUGUGCAAGCAGUCUUAUGCAGGAAUGGAAAAGGAUUUUGUCUCACCAAAGAACACACUACAGCAAACAUCAGUGAAAGAAGAAGAGUACUUCAGAAUGGAGCACUAAUUACUUCAAGUGAACCAUAUGGUCUCUUGGAAGGGUACAUAAAAACGACAAGAGGACUUGGAUUUCAUGGAAAUCUCAAACUAAAAAAAUUUAUUAUUCCAGCACCUGAAACUAUUUCUGUCCCUAUAGAUGAUUUAUGUCAAUUCCUUAUCUUAGCUACUAAUGGACUUUGGGAAGUUCUGGAUAAAGAGGAAGUCAUAGCACUGGCAAUAACACUGUUUCAAAUAUAUAAGGACACAUGUGCUUCUACCAUGCAAAACAAAUUACCAUACAUGAAGCCUCUGUAUCUUUCAAUCAGUGACACAAGCACUACUGAAUCAGAAAGUAACAUUCAUGUAUUGUUUCAAUAUAAUCCUGAAUCUAAAGAACAUGUGUCAACUACAAAUUUAAAGAAAGAACUAUCUGAUUCAAAAUGUUCUGAACAUUGUGCUUUUAACUCUAACAAUGUAGAAACAGCUCCACCACAAAUGACUAAUCAUGAACCUAGCAGUGAAAAAGAAACUGAUAGGCCAACCAGUGCAGAUGAUGCACCAACAAGUGAAGAAUCACCACACAGUAAGAACUUCUUUGAAGGCGCAGCUGAGUAUGUUAGCCGCGAACUUGUAAAUGCUGCUUUAGAGGCUGGUUCCAGAGACAAUAUUACAGUUAUGGUAAUAUUUCUCAAUGGAAGUGAGUAUCAGUUGCUGAUAUAACACGUUUAAGUUCCAGUUAUUCAGAGAAUCAAAAUGUAUUGCCACAAAGCCAGUUCUUUAAUGAACCAAGUACUGGAAUGAACAUCAAUACCAUGGGAAAUAAUUUUUCAGAUCGUAGUAAAGAAAAUGUAACAGCAUAUUUUAGGCUAUUAUGUAUGUUCAGUUUUAUGUCAAAAAACCAGAAAAACCAGUAUUUGCUUUUUAUAUCACUUUAUUCCAACCUGAGCACCUCAAUAUAAAACUAAACACUGGUGAACUGUUUUCCUUGCUAAUUCUGAAUUACUGUAGAAUGUACAAGAGGUCUGCUAAGAGUUCGACGCUUAAAUAGAUUAAAUCAUCUGACACAUGGUAGAUUUCAUAUAAUGAAAAUACCUAAAAAUUAGUGCAAUAUAUGGAACUUAUCAAAAUAAAGUGGACUUUGAAAAACAAGACUGCAAGAGUGUUACUAACAUUGCAAUAUUUAUGUUACAAAUUACAGAUACAUUGCUUAUUAUGGUUCUAGCCAUGUGGGAACUGAAUGAACCCCCUUUUCAAAGGGUGAGAGAAAGUAUUAGCCGUUUUAGUAACUGUACACUUUGUAUACUUUUAAGCAACUCUUAAAUAUUACAGAAAAAAAUAAACAUACAUGGAGGCUACAAUGCAGUACCCUAUUUACAGUACAGCUGAAGAUAAAAUUUAGAACAAUCAAGUUUGAAUGUACAUAAUUGUUAGUGCACUGUGUUACAUCCAAAGGGAACAAAAGCGUCUUUCCUGCCCCCAAACAAGACCCAUGUAAUGGCCUGCAAUGAUUAAAAACAAAGCAACACAAAAAAAUCAGAUACCUGGUUUGCUUCAUUUUUUGAAGAGCUCACAUGAAGGGAACAUUAUUCAUUAAAAUGUAUUUAUUAGUUUUCAUAUUUCUAAACAAGGUGGGAUUACAUUUGACUUCACCCCACUUAGAAAAAUAGUAAGACGGGCUCUAACUUAGACACUAUUAAUAUUCCUUUUCUUCCUGUAGAUGUGAGACUGGUUUUUUUUGUGGAAUGUACACGUUAGAUUAACAGAAGAAAGUUUACCUGAAUACUGCAGCUAAGCAUAAAUAUAUUUGUAAUCUAGCUAAAAA